AUGGCAACUUGGACAGGAUCCUCUAUAACAGUAGAAGAUGCUUUCAAUCAAGUAUGGAAGUCCACUGUGGAGAUACAACCGUCCUUCUACUUCCCAAUUAGUCAAAAUCCCAGUCUACCCACCCCGCCAAUCGGUUCACCAGUUUCGUCAACGGAAGAUGAUCUAGCCACAGCGGAGAUAUUGGCUAGAAUCAAAUUUGGUAGUUCCAGUCCAUCGUUGGAAACACGGAAGAGGUCUUUGACGUCUUCCAAUGGUGAAGAGGAGGAAGAAAAACACGUGAUGAAGAGGAAGAAAGAGAGUAGCGUAGAGAGUGCUGUCAGUGGGAGUACGAAUGGUACCGCUGGUGGUGCUGCUGAAAGAUGGCCACCAAGAAAGGAAUUCGUCUACCUUACUUGCGUUGUGGCCAUUCCACCGGUUGGUAGACAGAAGUUACCACUCUUUGGCAAACCAUGUGGACGGAAUGAGAUAAUCGCCAAGGUAGUCACUAUGGCUACCGGUGAAGGUUGUUCAAGAAAACUCAUAUCAUCUCAUGCACAGGUGUUGAAGGGUAGAAAGGAGCUGAGCAAGCAGCUGAGAGACCUUUUAACUACCGAAGAAGGGAAGAACAAUGACGACGAAGCUUCUCCGACUGUAUACACUUUAGGAGCAGAAUGGAACUUCCCCAAAUGUCUUAAUCGAUUGAUUGGUUUACCUGAAAAUCUCGAUUUGAGAACAGCUUGUACUCCACCAUUAAUCGCUCAACAUUUCGCAGACGUUGUCAAACCUCCUAAAUCAUCUACCAAAAAAGAAAGAGCUACAUUGGCGAAUAAGAACAGGUUGACAAUCAAGACACGACCUAGUAAAUCACUUUCACCUUCUGUGUUUUCCGCCGGUACCACCUCACCUAGUAUAAUCAGUAGUAGCGAUAGGACGGAUGAGGCGGACGUACAUCUGCCAACCCCCAGGUCAUCUUAUCUACCUUCGCCAUACCUGCUAGGUACACCUACGCCAUUCAGUUACGAUGACCGAAAACCGUCAUUACCUUCUCCAAGUGACUUGUUCUCACCAAGUUAUAAGAUGUCCACUCCCAAUCGGAUAGACAUAUCGGACUAUUCUGCUCCUCCCAUUACUAUCCCCCGAAGACCUGCCACGGCAAAUGCCAUUUCUUCAUCUACGACUAGACAGCUGCCACCACCUGAAUCACCCAUAUCAAGUAGGUUCAUGGUAGAUUCUCCAUUUCGAACACCUCUUAGUUCAGCUAGAAGAACAUCCGAAUCUCACUUAACCGCAAGUCUUGGAAGAUCCUCUUAUAAUACGUUCGAAAGGCACUGUCUGAAGAUAUUGGGAGAUCCAAAUCAUAGGAUAUCAGGAGUAUCGAUCGAAGAUAUGAAGAGAAAAGAGAGAAAUCAACAGCUUUGUUAG